AUGGGAUGUUGUUAAAGUAUGCAAGAGGAAAAUAAUUAAGAUUAUUUGCAAAGUUUUGUUCCUAAAGAUCUUAAUAAUUUUAGCUUUAAUUCAAGCAGUAAAUUUUAAUAAUAAUCGCAUUAAUCAAUAGAAUUUAGAAAGUUUGAAGAAAUAAAAAAUUAAUUAAGAAUUAAAUAAAUAUUCGAAUAAGAAAUUAAUAUUGAAAAUAAAAGUAUAAUAAAGAAAUCAAAUGAGGAUUUUUUUACAAAAUAUAGAAUAGGAAAGUUUUUAGGUUAAGGUGGAUUUGGUAUUGUAUGUGUAGCAAUAAAUAGAUAAACUAGUUUUAAAAGGGCAGUUAAAAUGAUAAAUAAAUAAAGAAUUAAAAAAAUUGACGAAUGGAAAUUAUUAUAAGAAUUAUAAAUUAUGUAAGAAAUAGACCAUCCUAAUAUAUUGAAAGUAUUAGAACACUAUGAAGAUACUUAACAUCAUUAUUUUGUUACAGAAUUAUUGUAUGGAGGUGAUUUAUUUGAUAAAAUUGUAGAACAUAAAGCUUUUUCUGAACAAUAGGCAUCUGAAUAUAUGAAAUAAAUAAUAUCAGCAGUUUCUUAUCUUCAUUCAUUAAAUAUUGUACAUAGAGAUUUAAAACCAGAAAAUAUAUUAUUUGCUAAAAAAAAUUACAUAGAUUUUAAAAAUCAUUGA